AUGUCCAGAAGCCUGGUAUUGAGGAAGGGGCACAUUCGGGACUGGUUCCGCUUCAGGAUCAAAGACACCAUAAUCCCAACGGUCUUAGAGAGACCAGUGAAGAGCUUGGGGAAGUGGUAUAGGGCAGACCUCAAUGAUAAGUGGGGUGGGAGGGAGAUGAUUAUCCAAGUAGACACCUGGAUGACAUCCUUAGAGAAGAGCGGCCUGCCUACCUGGCAAAUACAAGGCCUGGGGUUACCAGCAUGGGGCAGCAAGCUGCAGCUGCCAGUGACAUCGGUGCUCGAGGAGUAUAAAGCAACGAAGACAUGCCAGGCCAUGAUGCUGCGAGACAGCAAGGACGAAAGAGUAUGCCAGGCAGGCACUGUGGUCAGGACAGGUCUUAAGUGGUCAGCCAGCAGAGCACUGACGGAGGCUGAGGAUUGGCUGCAGCAUGCCGACAUCAUUGGGACAGUAGCUCAGGGCAGGCUUGGGCUGGGUUGCUUCACCAGAACGAGCUGGAACAAAGCUGACUCAAAGGAACGCCGCAGCAUGAUACAGAGGGAGGUCCGUAAGGCAGAGGAGGAAACCAUGAAAAAACAGGGCAGCUGGACAAGGACAGCAGAGAGCACUGCAGCAGGACGGAGGAGUAGAGGGGUCCUGGACUCAGCAAAUGAUUGGGAGAUGCGGGCAGACCUGAAGAAGCGGCUCAAAUUCCCAGAGGAGAUAGCACACACUAGCCUCAGACCGGAUAUUGUCCUCUGGUCUAGAGGCACCAAGCAGGUGGUGCUCGUAGAGUUAACAGUACCCUGGGAAGAAAGGAUGGAGGAGGCCCACGUAUCAAAGAGUCUGAAACACUCUUCUCCAGCGGGAGGAGGAGACACUGGCUUUAUGAAGGCCACAGCACUUACGGGAACGAAUAAAGAACACAUUCCUAUAGUCCAUCCUAAAGGAAUGUUUACACCAUUCCCUUAUAAACUUCUAUUUUCUCAUCUGGGUCUCGUCAAAUCUCCUGCAGAAGGUUCUGGACUGUCAGGUGAGGAGUUCUUCCAGAAGGUGAUGAGAGAAACACACACCCAGGUGAAAUGGCCAUCCAAGCUGAAGAUUGGUGCCAAAUCAAAGAAAGAUCCUCAUGUGAAAGUGGAGGGGAAGAGAGCAAACGUUCUGGAGGCCAAACGCAAGAUUUUGGAGCUUCUAGAGACUAAGGUGAAUAAAGUCACGCUGAAGAUGGACGUCACACACACGGAGCACUCUCAUGUGAUCGGGAAAGGAGGCGGGAACAUUAAGAAGGUCAUGGAGGACACUUCCUGCCACAUUCACUUCCCCGAUUCCAACCGGAACAACAGCGCAGGAGAAAAGAGCAACCAGGUGUCAAUCGCUGGGCCGGUUCAGGGGGUGGAGUCUGCCAGGAGACAGAUCCGGGACCUGCAGCCCCUGGUGCUGGCCUUUGACCUGCCUGUGACCCUUGUGGGAGGUGUGGUGUGUGACACGGGCUCGCCGGUGAUUCAGCACGUGGCUCAGGCGUUCGGAGUGAGCGUCAGCUUCAGGACGCAGCCCAAACUCUACUGCAGCACCUGCAGCGUGAGAGGAACGCAGGGAAACGCCACUGCCGUCAAGAAGGCCACCUGCGUCCUGAUGGAGCUGCUGCUGGGCGCGGAGGCACUGGCCGGAGUAACGGGGGUGAUGGUGAGCACACAGCUGGACGUGACCUCGCAGCAGCACCUGUUCCUGUUGGGUCAGAACGGAGCCAACUUCCUGACCGUCAUGCAUCAGACGCACACGCAGAUCAUCCUGCCCGACCUCAGCGCUCCGCAGCACACACCCUCGCUGCUGAUCCAGGGCACGGCCGACGGAGUGUGUGUCGCUCGACAGCAGCUCAUGGAUUGUCUGCCCGUCUGCCUGAUGUUUGAUUUGAAGGAUGAGGGAGAGUCUGACCCUCGGAAACUCACUCAGAUGAUGCAGAAACUGGGUGUUUUUAUCAGCGUCAAACCCAAGAUCAAGCAGACAGCAAAGUCGGUGGUCGUUAAAGGUUUGGAGAGGAACAUCGGGAGUCUUUACGAGGCCAGACGUCUGCUGCUGGGCCUGGACUCCACUGAGGUUUCCAUGACGACCAAGAAUGUGUUUGAGGUGACGACCAAGACCCCGGUGGACCCUCUGGUGGCCAAUAAUGGAAUCACAAGCUACUGGAUUAAUGUACUAAUGCAGCAGCUGCGCCUCACUGAGACAGGUGCUGUGCCCUCUCCUGAUGCCAUGAUUGGCUCUCUCUCAGGGAAGCCCCGCCCCUUGCCUCCUCCCGGAUUGGCUGUUUCCUCAGAAGAUGGACGGUUAGGAAUCAAAGGAGUGGAAUCCAAAUUAGAGAAGAUUCCAGAGACUGAGGAUCAGCCGACACAAGCAGAGACGGUGCCUUGCGUCACGCCACUUGCGGAGGUCACAGAGGUCAGAGAGGUCGUCGUCAAGCCGACGGUCUCAUCGAGGAGAGGCAGCCAAUCAGAGGCCUCGAGGGAGCCGAAGCCGCCGCUCACGCCGGAGAGGUCAGUGAGAGUGGAGGUGGAUGGUGUUUAUCUGAACAGAGACAGACGCUGUAGUUUGAGAAUAUUCUCAUCUGUAGACGCUAAUAAUGAGGAUCAUGAAUAUGAGAGAAAGAAGCUUCUGGCAACUCAAGCCAUGCAGCAGAAGCCCGUGGUGACUGAGGUUCGAACCCCUACAGACACCUGGAGUGGCUUGGGCUUCUCCAAAUCGAUGCCCACUGAUGCUGUGAAAGAGCUGAGAGCCGUGAGCCGCCGCUGCUACAGACCCUACCACAACCAGCAGUCUCUGGUCUGUCAGAUCGAUUACCAGACGUUCCUGACGCUCUCUGACGAGGAUUUGAAGGAAGUGGGCGUGAACACGUUUGGAGCGCGACGCAAGAUGAUCCUCGCCAUCACGGAUUUGAGCAAAAAGAGGAAGUUUCCAGAAGUGUCCAGCAUGAAGUCGGGAUACCUGGAGGGAGGCGCGAGCGGCCGUCUCCCGUGGAUCAUGAACGAGGACGCGGCUGCCAAGAGUAACCACUGGUGACGGGACGAUGUGACCGCUAUAGAGCUUCCUAUAAUGCCCCUGGGGCCGGUUUGUGCUUCCUGUCAUGUGGCCCUCUGGGACCAAUCAAAGUGUGACAUGAUAGAUGAUUUCCAUAUAAGACAGAGAGGACAGAUGUGCUGUGACUCUCUGAGGAAACAUGCAGAGAAGUGUGACCUUCAGCGUGAACCGACCGACUGCCUGGCCAGAACCCACACUUAGUAUGCAAGUCUCUGACUCUCUCUACCUCUGUUUCUCUAUCUGCUGCACUUCUAUGCAAAACUUCAUUUCCUUUAUGUAUUGUUCAAAUAUGAGAAUACUG